AUGAAGAAAUUUCUUGUGAUUUUUGUUUAUAUACUUUCCGUUGCCGUAAUCAUUCGAGCAAAUGGAAUAAACGAAAUCUUGAAAAUUAUGGCCGUUUCUAUGAAAGAUAUACGCUACUGCAUAAUACACAUGGGCUUGACCUUUAAGGAUUUCAUAAAGAUGCAGGAGCUUUUGCAAGAGGAAGAUAUAUCGGAGGGGAAUAUAAAAAAAUAUUUGACGAAUUACAGUUGUUUCAUUACGUGCGCUUUGGAAAAAUCUCAUAUCAUACAGAAUGAUGAAAUUCAGUUGGACAAGUUGGUAGAAAUGGCGAACAGAAAAAAUAUAUCCAUAGACGUGAAAAUGUUAAGCGAAUGCAUCAACGCGAACAAAAGUACGGACAAAUGCGAGAACGGAUUAAACUUUAUAAUUUGUUUUUCAAAAUUGUUAAGCGAUAUGUAUGAAGAUACUUUUGAAGAUACUUUAAAGCACAAAAGUUACGUAUAA